UCCAUGAGCAAUCCGAGAGUCCGCGACAUCGCGAAUGUCCACAAGGCAAUCAACAUGGCCAAGGACGACAGCGAGUUCGAGGUCACAUUCACGUCCGCCCCCGACUGGGACAAUGCGAUCGCCUUCGGUUGCGGCGACAGUCUGGCUGACCCGCUACUGGGCGACGAGCUUGCGCUUGUCCACAUCUGUGCCACCAUCAAGCGAGUUCGCCGUGGAUCUCUACCUGCAGAGCGCAAUGGAUUCGUGACGGCGGCCGAGAGCGCGGAGUUCGCCAAGCACGUUUUUGCAGAGAUCCUGGGCGCCAAGUUCGACCCGUUCGUGGACAGCAAGGAGAUCGCAGCAUUGGCGGACGCGGGUGGUCUUUCAUCGAGCUUCGAGAAGGACGGAGGGCAACUUAAGGACAAGAGGGUCCGCAUCCUGAUGGCCCGGAUUCGCGAGUUCAUGGGUCAUGCCCGCGUCGGCGCGGACGAUCGUGACAGGGUCGAUUGGCAGUUUAGCGCCAGGUGGAUUGAUGCCAAGCUGAUGCUGUUCGACGCGCCGCUCACCAAGACGGAGUCCGAGCGCGGCGACCCACUCGAGCGCAUGGCGAAGAGCAGCUGGUGCUUGGCGCCGACCGACGGGAUGCUAGGGCGCAAGAAGGCUAUUGGCGAG